AGGUGGAACAGCUUCGUGGCGCUGAGUUUCACGACGGACGGCUUUAAACGAAGGACCGUGUCAAAACAAGGAUCGCUGGAGAGAAGGUGAUUUAAAGGAUUUAUUUAUUGCUAUAGUCUGUUUUUUACAGAAAAACGUGGAAAAAUGAUAUUGAGCGUUGCGUGUUGAGGUGUCGCUGAUACCAGUCGUCAGCUGUGAGUUACCGCUCCUGUUUUGGUGUGUUUAUCAUGGGCAUUUUAAGACGGGUCUCUACAAAGACUGAAGUCCAGGUGAAUAAAAACUAGAAAAUAUUUUGCGCAAGUCAUGAAGGAAACCUUCAGGAUCAUACACCGCCUCUUCUUGAAGAUUGUCCUGUUUCCGAGCACCUUCGGCAGGACCGGUCCACUUCCGGCUGCCUCUGAGGUGUUGACCUGUCACCUGCUGCAGAGAAAACUUCCUCCAUGGACUUCAUACUGUGUCCGCUACAGUUCGGUCCACAACGACCAGUUCGGACUGUCCAACUUCAACUGGAGAGUUCAGGGAACCAACUACCAUAUACUGAGAACAGGCUGCUUUCCCUUCAUUAAAUACCACUGCACCAAAGCACCUGCACAGAACCUGGACUAUUUCAACAGGUUCUUCACCGGGCUUAAAGUGAUCAACCUAGGUCUCCCCUGUUUGGCCUAUGGUAUCGGCUGCUGGAUGGUCAUUGGAGCAGCAGAGACUGUGCAGACGAGUGUUGGACCUGUCACUGUUUACUUUGCCUACAAAGAAGAAGAAGGUGCUCAAUAUUAAAACCUGUAUUGACCCUCCCUGACAACAUUGUCCACCUUUACUACAACACGUGCCAUGUUUAUUUAUGAGAAAUAAUUCAAGGAAAAUAUAGUUGGAAAAAUGUUAAUAUGAAGGUCUCUGUUAUGCCUGAUGUUUCAAUGGAAUUAAUCUCAGUUCACUCUUUGUUAAUGUUUGCAACACGAUGGACAGAAUAACUACUGUAGAUUAAAAAAAAAACGAUGGACAAAAGAUGUGUUUGGUAAAAAAA